CAUACUAACAUUUUCAGUUGGUGCUACCAGCCCAUGAUAUGGUCGCACCAACAAUUUGUUGCUGGGUGUGCUAAAUGAAAGUGGGCUAAUGCUGACAAAGUUUUAUAAAUGUUUCCUGUUGAGAUUAGAUGAAGUAAUCCCAAAUGUAAUCAGUUGUUUUUAAGAAUGCAAGUAUAAUCCAAUUAUUCAUUUUUGUAAGUAAUCCAAGCUGAUUACAGUUACUUCGUUUUUGUAUUCGGAUUAAGUAAUCCCUGUUACAUGUAAUCUGUUACUACCCAACCCUGGCCCUAGGUUAGGGUUGGAGUUAAUAUGGUGUGCUGCCUGCUCUGGGUAGGAGUUGCAGAUCUAGGAUCAGUUUACUUUUACUUAAUUUUAAGCUUGAUCAUUAGGGUGCAAAACUGACUUUAGAUCAGUGGCUAUAGGACACUUCAUCCUACUUCUUUGGGCGCUCAGGUUUCAGGUUCUGUGUGUGUGUGUUUGUGUGUGCGUGUCUACGACCUCAGCUGAUUCAGUCUUACUUCAUUAGCUGUAGAAAUGAGACCACACUCUAAAAUUAGCCCCCUGUGCACUCUACAACCCCCCAACCAUCAACCCUACACACACACACAAGCACACACACACCGGGGUUUCCAAGACUAGGAAUCUUGUUUUAGUGUCAGAGAGGGAGUGAUCCAUUGUAGCUGAUGAUGUCAUUCUGUUCCACUCUGAGCGCCAAGUCAUGUUCCCUAAUGUUCUCCAGCUGAACCUGUGUUCUAGACUGCUGAACUGGAACAGAUACUAGUGUUCUACCUCCAUAGCUCCCGAAACACGUUAUCACCUAUUCUUAAUCACUGAAUUAAUUAACAACUAACAAAAUAUGACUUUGUCAUUAUCGGGUGUGAAUAGAACAAAUAUGUGCAACGCCAAGAGGAACGGAUUGAGAAUCACUGUUGUAAUGAAGCAGUCAUAUAGUAAAUAUAGUGAAGAUGUUUGUGUUAUAUGAUACAGUAGUAAACCCUGUCAUAUCCCCCUCCCCCAGGCGCUGUGUGGCUGUACGGUGAACAUUCCCACCCUGGAUAACCGCGUCAUCCCGCUAACCUGCCAUGACGUCAUAAAGCCGGGAACAGUAAAACGGCUGAGGGGGGAGGGCCUGCCCCUCCCGAAGAGCCCCACCCAGUGCGGCGACCUCAUCGUAGAGUUCACGGUUCGCUUCCCAGACAGGAUCCCUCCCCAGUCCAGAGAGAUAAUCAGACAACACCUGCCCCAGUCUUAGGACAACACCCCUCCCCCACAGACUCAUUGCCCCCCCACCAUAUACACACAAACCAUUUUUACCAGUUGGACCCAACCCCUCUUCCCUCAUUUCAAGAAAUCACUGUUUUUACCAUACAACGUUACAUGGACACUCAUAUUUUUAAGGGAAAGGUUUUUUUCUUCUGGGAAUGACAGAAGUGCCAAGAGGAACUCCAGUUUUAGGAUGUUUUAGUUUAUUUUCUCUUUUUGCCCAAGCGCACACAAAUGGACAUGGCGAAGUGAUACGGAAGAACGGCUCAGCGUGGCUUUGGCUUUUACCGGAACUCCUUUUCUUAACGCUCUUUUUUCUACAUACUUAUCAAGGGUUUUAUACAUCCCCCGAUCCUCUUCUUCUUCUCUUCUUAUGGAUGAGUUGAGAGGAACACUUUAUUUGAAAAAGAGAAGAUUGUUCAGGAUUUUACAGAGGAGUUGAAAGUUGAUUCUAUUAUUGUACACCCAACCAGCAGCUUCAGUCUCUGCUCCCCAUUUUAACAUAAUCAUCUGUUUCUGUUUCUUAUGUUUAAUAAAGCAUCAUGUGUGAACUCUAUGGGUUAUCUGCUGGACACGGCUACUGCUAAUACAACAGCCACUACUACCAGCUCCUCCCAGUGCAGAACCAAUGACAUAGAUGUAUAGUUUGGCAAACAUGUCUUGAGAUUUGGAUUUGCUCGCCAUAAUCAGCACUCAAAGCGUAAAUGAGCAUGUCAUUGUUGGGGAAGGUUUAGUUGUAACAUGGUGGACAGUUUGCUGAACUCUGUGUAUCUAUGUCUCUGAUCCAGACACCCUGACUGGCUGAGUCCCCCAGCAGCCCAGCAGUGUGUAAUCCACUAUGG